AUGCUCCUGCUCCUCUUUGCCCUCUCCCCACUUGCGGCUCUCAUCCUAUUCGUGCUUUACCGCCUGAUUAUUGCCCGAUUUUUUAAUGUGCUGAACCAGCUGCGGGGGCCGCCUGUCUCGCAAUGGUUUGGGAAUCAUCUUGAGCAUGUUUUGAAUCCCUCCGUAACACCAAGAGUCUACGAGCUCUUCAUUCAGCGAUAUGGACGAGCUGUCAAAAUACGAGGAUUUUUUCCUUGGGACGAGCGUGUUCUUAUCCUCGACCCUGUUGCCCUCUCCCACAUAAUGAAAGACACGACCACCUAUGAGAAACCCUGGGAGUCACGGACUCUCAUCACGAGCAUCAUUGGCUGUGGAAUGCUCUCUGCCGAGGGUCAAAUGCACCGGCGCCAACGUCGCGUCGCUAUGCCUGCCUUUUCUGGACAAAACAUGCAAACUCUCGUCGACAUCGUCUUCAAAAAGGGAGUGCAGCUCAAAGACGUCUGGGAAAAUAUGACCUCGGGGGGCGAAGCCAAAAUCGAUGUUUGCCAGUUCCUCAGUCGCGCGACGUUUGACAUCAUUGGCCUCGCAGGGUUCGAUUACACCUUUAAUGCUAUUCACGACGAAACGAACGAACUAUUCCUCGCUUACAGAAACGCCUUCGAGGUCUUUAUCUCGCAAGGUGGUCCAUUUCGCACCCUACUUUCAAUUUACUUGCCCUCAAUCAAUAAACUUUUCGCGGACGAAACGGUUCGAACAGUACAGCGAUCACAACGAGUGAUCAGACGCGUAGCCGGGCGGCUUAUCCAGGAAAAGAAGCAGAAGAUAGAGGCCGGGGAGCUAAGUGGCGAUCCAUAUGAUGGGAAAGACCUUUUAACCUUGCUGCUGAAAUCCAAUGCGUCUCAUGAGGUUCCAUUCGAGCAGAGACUCUCUGACGAAGAUAUACUGCAUAAUAUCAACACAUUCAUGUUUGCGGGCUCGGAUACUUCCAGCUUAUCAAUGACCUGGACGCUCUUAUUGCUCGCUCAGAACCCCAUUGUUCAAGCUCGGCUUCGAGAUGAACUACUUUCGGUCGCAAGCCAGUUUCCGGCCUCUUUUUCCGACUUCUCCCCCGACCAAAUUCAAUCCCUUUACAAUGUCGUCUCUGCACUCCCGUUACUGAAUAAUGUGACACGAGAGUCCUUGCGACUAAUUCCUCCGCUGCAUUCCACCCUGAGAGUGGCAACGCGGACGGACGAGAUCCCAACACUUCAUCCUAUUCGAACGAACGAUGGCCAGGACAAGCACAGUUUUACGAUACCCAAGAACACAGUUGUCCACGUCUCAUUAGAGUCCUUCAACCUUGACAAGAGUGUUUGGGGCGACGAUGCCUGGGAGUUCAAUCCUGAUCGAUGGGACAAGCUUCCUCAAGCUGUCCAAAGAUAUCCGUGGCAUUAUUCGAGCCUCCUCAGUUUUUCAGCUGGACCCCGAGCAUGCCCUGGCCUCCGUUUCGCCCUCAUUGAGAUCAAGAUAUUUUAUUACAUCAUGUUGACUAACUUUGUCUUCACGGAAGCGGACCAAAUCACGAAACACAACGUGGUUCUGACGCGACCUUAUUUGAGUGGAAAGUUCAGGGCAGGCACACAGUGUCCUUUAUUGGUUUCUCCAUUCGUUCGAUCGGUAUGA